CUGAAGCUGAAGACUCAGUAGAGGGCAAACAUGUCGGCUCUGAAAGUGCACAGGGUGCUUCAGCACAUUACAAGAUAUGGAUGGAGAUCUCACUCUACUGCUCCUCAUGCUGCUGCUGCUGCAUCCUCCUCAGGCUCUAUUGGAUUUAACUUUGAACUCAGUGAACAGCAAAAGGAGUUUCAAGUCACUGCACGGAAAUUCGCAAGGGAAGAAGUCAUGCCAGUAGCCGCACACUAUGAUAAGACAGGGGAGUAUCCUGUACCACUUAUUAAAAGGGCAUGGGAGCUUGGUCUAAUGAAUGGGCACAUCCCUGAACAAUACGGUGGCCUAGCUCUUGGGAUCUUUGAUACUUGUCUAAUUACAGAGGAAAUAGCAUAUGGGUGCACUGGAGUCCAAACAGCCAUAGAAGCUAAUUCUCUGGGACAAAUGCCGGUCAUAAUAGCAGGGAAUGAAGCCCAGCAAAAGAAGUAUUUGGGAAGAAUGACAGAAGAACCGUUAAUGUGUGCAUAUUGUGUGACUGAGCCAGGAGCAGGUUCUGAUGUGGCUGGUCUGAAGACAAGAGCUGAGAAGAAGGGCAACGAGUAUAUCAUAAAUGGGCAGAAAAUGUGGAUUACAAAUGGUGGAAAAGCCAACUGGUAUUUUCUUCUUGCACGCACUAAUCCUGACCCCAAGGUUCCUGCUGGUAAAGCUUUCACUGGAUUUAUUGUGGAUGCCAAUAGUCCUGGAAUACAGAUCGGCAGAAAGGAGCUGAACAUGGGCCAGCGCUGCUCAGAUACAAGAGGGAUUGUUUUUGAGGAUGUAAGAGUUCCAGCUGAAAAUGUCUUGAUUGGAGAAGGAGCCGGUUUUAAGAUUGCCAUGGGUGCUUUUGAUAAAACUAGACCCCCGGUAGCUGCAGGAGCUGUGGGAUUGGCACAGAGGGCUCUGGAUGAAGCCACCAAAUAUGCAGUGGAAAGGAAGACAUUUGGAAAAUUAAUUGCUGAGCAUCAAGCUGUUUCAUUCCUGCUGGCAGAAAUGGCAAUGAAAGUAGAACUGGCCAGACUGGCAUACCAGAGAGCAGCCUGGGAAAUUGAUUUGGGGAGGAGAAACACAUACUAUGCCUCUAUUGCUAAAGCAUACGCUGGAGACAUUGCAAAUCAGGUGGCAUCUGAUGCAGUCCAAGUAUUCGGUGGAAAUGGAUUUAACAGUGACUAUCCUGUAGAAAAGCUGAUGAGAGAUGCAAAAAUAUAUCAGAUCUAUGAAGGCACAGCACAAAUACAAAGACUUAUCAUUUCCCGCGAACACCUCGGCAAGUACAAAGCGUGAAUGAAGAAAUCCAUCCAAGAAUUGGAACGGCACAUUCACAAGAGCUGUGAAUAUGUUCCAGUCCAGCUUGAAGCACUUUCAGUAGUGUGAGCCUAACACAAGCCUUAAAAUAUUUUCUACUAGAGAGCUGUGUUUUUACAAUCAGUAACACUCUUACACGUUGUUUGCCACUUUAAACCACAGACAUAAAGGAUUAUUAAAGUGACUUUAUAUAGUUUUCCAGGGGCACAGGAAAAUCUAAUCUCAUUUCUCUAGACAAAUUGGGCAUUUCAUUAAAAAAGUUAUAAUUUGUAAUGCUAACCUUUGCAAUUAUAUCUUUACUUUUCCCUCAAAGAAUGUACAUUUUGCAAUUAAAAUUAUACAUAGGACA